AUGGCCUUCCUGAUAGACAGCUAUCAGAGUUAUGCUCUUGCUGGUCCCAGUGAGCUGGAUCCUGUUUUCCGGAAGACUUUUGUUCUUGUACAGAAGGCACACUUCAGGACUGCAAACAUUGCCCGUUUGGAGGCUGCUAUCAGGGUUUAUGCGGCUUUAUCGGGACUGAACCCUUUACGGGAGGACAUUUUGAAGAAAUUGACACCAAUUUUGCUUCAUCCUUUCCCGCGGGUUCGCUCAAGUGCAGCAGAGUACUUGUACAUGAUGACCAGCCUGGAGACCGUCAAAUACGAAAAUUGGUCUGCCUCUCCUAAGGAACUAAAAGGCAAGGUAGACGGUUUACGAGAUAAAUUGGUAACGGCCAACUAG